AUGACAAAAAUCGACUCCUCUGCCGUCCCUACGGUCCGUAGGACGAUUCUAGCAGAGCCCCAAGAUUGGGAUAAGUGGGUAAAGGAGCUACGGGCUCGUGUAGACAGAACCAUCCACAAUUUGGUCUUCUCUGAUAAGCAGGACCCUCUCGAGCCCCCUCUUCGUCUAAGGGCAACGGACUUUGCAGAGGGAGCUACCCUCUUCUCCGAGCUAACCUCUGCACAGCAGAGAGCUUUUUCUGCUGCCUUAGGUGACUACGAAAGUCAUCGAAAGGAAUACCUUUACGAGACAAAGCUACUAACGGCUGCUCGUACGGCGAUAACGGAAUCCGUUAGUGCCGCAAAGCUAAUCUCUCUUCGAGAGGAAGAGACUCCUAGGCAGUAG